CCGGUCUCUGCCUCGACCCAUAACGCCUUCCCUCAGGUCCCGCUUGAGAAGGGCUACACACAGGUCGAUUGGCUGCGGCUUUCUAAGUCCGGGACCGACCUGAAUGGGUUGGGCGGCAAGGCGCUGCGGCGGGACAUCACCUUGGAAGAGGUCAAGAAGCACCACACAGCAGAUGAUGCGUGGAUGGUACUGCGCGGCAAGGUCUACAAUAUAGGGCCAUACAUGCGAUUUCACCCCGGGGGCGCGGCCAUUCUGCUGAAGGCCGCUGGCAAAGACGGCACGUCGCUGUUUAUGAAAUACCAUCCCUGGGUGAAUGCAGAUGCGUUGCUAGAGAAGUGCCUCGUUGGGAUGCUG